AUGUCGUCAAAACCAGAAGAAGGCUCGCAACAAAGCCCUUGGACCGGCGAGGCCAAGCAAAAGUUUGCAACGAAAUCCAAGAGCGAGUUUUACGACCCGUGCCAAGAGGCGGCGCAGCGCAGCUACAAGUGCCUGUACAGAAACAAUGGCGACAAGACCAUGUGUACCGACUAUUUUCAGGCGUAUCGCGAUUGCAAGCAAGCUUGGACGGAGAAGCGAAGGAAGGACUCGGGCAGCUUCUGGUGA